UGGGAGGAGGAGUUUGUUGCUUAGUGCCACGUUGAUGGAGACCAGUGUGGACGUGGAAAUCUGUCUGGAGCCGGUAGCCUCUUCCUCCGUCUUCUGCAGCCGUUAACGGAUUGAAGCACGCACGGGAGUCGUCUUUCUGCGCUUCUUUAUGCUAUCGUUGAUGUGAGGAGCCGCGAAGGAAAAGAAGCUAAGCUGCUUAGAGAAGAUGAAGCUCAAAGAGGUCAACCGCACAGCAAUCCAGAGCUGGAGCCCGGCGCAGCACCACCCCAUUUACCUUGCCACAGGAACGUCCGCCCAGCAGCUGGACGCCUCUUUCAGCACCAAUGCCUCCCUGGAGUUCUUCGAGUUGGACCUGGCCGAUCCCACGCUGGACAUGAAGUCCUGCGGCUCCUUCUCCUCCGCUCACAGAUACUACAAGCUGGUCUGGGGCCCCUUCGGCAUGGACUCCCAGAAUCACCCAGCCGGCGUCCUGAUCGCAGGCGGCGAGAACGGGAAUGUGAUCCUGUACGACCCGGCGAGGAUCAUGGCGGGAAAGAGCGAUGUUGUCAUCACGGAGAGCGAUCGGCAUUCGGGGCCGGUGAGGGCUCUGGACGUUAACCCGUUCCAGGCAAACCUGGUGGCGUCAGGCGGGAACGAGUCUGAAAUUUUUAUCUGGGACAUGAACAACUUUGGAUCUCCAAUGACGCCGGGACCCAAAACUCAGCCUCUGGAGGACAUCAGCUGCGUGGCGUGGAACCGGCAGGUCCAGCACAUCCUGGCGUCCGCCAGCCCGAGCGGCCGGGCGUCCGUGUGGGACCUCCGAAAGAACGACCUCAUCAUCAAAGUCAGCGACCACAGCAACAGGAUGCAUUGCUCCAGCCUGGCCUGGAACCCGGAGGUGGCGACGCAGCUGGUUCUGGCCUCGGAGGACGACCGGAUGCCCGUCAUCCAGAUGUGGGAUCUACGCUUCGCCACCUCUCCUCUGAAGAUUUUAGAGCAUCACACACGGGGGAUCCUGGCCAUUUCCUGGAGUCUGGCUGAUCCCGAGCUGCUGCUGAGCUGCGGGAAGGACAGCAGGAUCCUCUGCUGGAACCCCAACACGGCGGAGGUCCUGUACGAGCUGCCCACAAGCAGCCAGUGGUGCUUCGACAUCCAGUGGUGCCCCAGAAACCCAGCGGUGCUGUCGGCCGCCGGCUGCGACGGACACAUCGACAUCUUUUCCAUCAUGGGCGGCAGCAACCAGGCCCAGAGCCAGAGACACGCCGACCAGAUCAGCAACUCCUUCGGGAACAUGGAUCCUUUUGGGACGGGCCAGACUUUACCGCCUCUGCAGCUGCCCCAAACCUCAGCCCCCCCAGCUUCCGUCAUCCCCCUGAGAAAACCCCCCAAGUGGAUCUGCCGCCCUGUGGGGGCUUCGUUUGCUUUCGGAGGAAAGCUGGUUUCUCUGGACAAUGCGAAGCCGCAGCAGCAGCAGCCGUCGUCCCAUCUAGUGCACAUCAGUCAGGUCGUCACGGAAACGGCCCUGUUGGAUCGCUCCGAGCAGCUUCAGGCCACUCUCAGCUCCAGGAACUUCGUAGGUUUCUGCCAGGAGAAGAUCGAUGCCGCCGAAAACGAGUUUGAAAAAACCCUUUGGUCUUUCCUGAAGGUUAAUUUUGAGAGCGAUGUUCGCAGCAAAUACCUGGAACUUCUCGGGUACAACAGAGAGGAACUGGCCUCAAAGAUUUCAGCAGCUUUAGCUGAAAAGCCUGCUGACCUUCCACAGCCGGACCCGUCUGUUCCCGCCCCCCUGCAGCCGCCCGCAGACCUUCCUCCAGCAGACGCUCCAGAAGCUGCUUUUGACUGGAUCGCAGCCGCAAACUCGCAGCCAGCCGUCACUCUGAGUCCAACCCCAGAGUCAGAGGAGCCUGAGGAACCAGCCGAAGACGGCCAGGAGGCAAAUCUGGACCAGGUUCUCCAGGAGGACGAGGAGGCAGAGGAGAAAGAGGAGGAGGAGGAGAUUCCCCUCAACGAGGACGUGGCGGCUCCAGCUGAGGAGAUCAGUCCUGCUGAGACGCCUGCUGCGGUUCCAGCUCCGACGCCAGCAGGAGUCGCCCUGAGCAUCAGUCAAGAUGUGGACGGGCUGAUCACUCAGGCUCUGCUGACGGGAGACUUCGAGGCCGCCGUGGAGCUCUGUCUCCAUGACAACCGGAUGGCGGACAGCAUCAUCUUGGCCAUCGCCGGAGGCGCCGAGCUGCUGGAAACAACCCAGAGAAAGUAUUUUACGAAAACACGCAGCAGGAUAACGAAGCUCAUCAGCGCCGUCGUCACCAAGGACUGGCACGACAUUCUGAGGACGUGCGACCUCCAGAACUGGAAGGAGGCGCUGGCCGCCGUCAUGACCUACGCUCGGCCCGAGGAGUUUUCGUCUCUCUGCGACCUCCUCGGCGGCCGACUGGAGGCUGCGGAGGACGCUCAGCUGAAAUCUCAGGCCUGUCUGUGCUACAUCUGCGCCGGAAAUGUGGAGAAGCUGGUUUCCUGCGGGACCCGAGCGCAGGCUGGACACAGUCCUCUGUCUCUGCAGGAUCUGGUGGAGAAGGUGGUGGUGCUGCGUCAGGCGGUGGAGCAGACCCAGCGUUCUGGCCCCGCCGCCAUCGGCGUCCUGCUGGCGGAGAAGAUGAGCCUCUAUGCGAACCUCCUGGCCGCUCAGGGCAGCCUGGCCACGGCCAUCACCUACCUGCCUGACGACACCAACCAGGUUUCUGUUCAGCAGCUUCGGAACCGCCUCAGCCGGGCUCUGGGGCAUCAGGUGGCUGCUCCUCCCACACACCCCCAGGGGGUGCCGUCCCAUCACCCCCAGCCCGGCUCCGCUCCGUUUGUUCCCGCCCAGCAGCCCGCCGCCCCUCCGGCCCAACAACACUACCGCCAACCCGUGAGGGCUGCCUCCACCGUCACCUCCUGGAGUAACCAAACCCCCACAGCCCUCCCCAAUGUCCCUCCUCUUCCUCAUCCUCAUCCAGUAGGCAGCGCCUCCAACCCGCAGGCGGAGCCUCCGGCCCCUGGGUACAGGAUGCUGACUCCCGCCUCCGCAGCGCCUCCUCCCGCCUCUUCCGCUCCUGCCUACGCAUUCUCGCAUCAAUACCAGCAGCCUCAUGUGCGACUCCCAGCUUUCCCUCAGGUCAACCGGUACCCGUCCCAAGCCGGCGGCCAGCCCGCCUAUCCUCCUCAGUACUCAUCAGCUGCUCCUCCUCAAACUCCUCCCACCGACCCCUCGUCCCCUCCUCCCCACCCCCCUGGCUUCCUGCCUCAGUACACUCAGCCCGUCCCGCCUCAGCCGGCGCCUCUUCGUUAUCCCGGACAGCCUCCUUCCUCGCACCCAGACUUCUUUCCUUCCUCCUCCUCUGCUUCUUCUUCUUCUUCUUCUUCUUUUUCUGCUCUUCCGUCCUUUGGAGAGUCUUUCCAGCAUGGGGGGCCAGGAUCUCCCGUGUCGUACCUGCCGCCCCCGCUGACCGGAGUAUCAGGACCUCAGAAUGGCUGGAACGACCCCCCAUCCCUGACCCAUGCAUCAAAGAAGAAGCAGCUUCCAGAAAACUACACCCCCCCUGCCCCCAUCACCGCCCCCAUCAUGGCCCCGCUCGGCACUGACCCGAUGGCUCAGCAGAUUCCCCCGGCGGCCCCACAAGGUCCCCAGGUCCCUUUUUCAGGCAUGCACCAACAGCAGCUGACCCCCCCCUCUGUGAACCCUGCAAUGCCCAACACUAGCAUGGAGGGAGCACCAGGAGCCCCCACAGGAGACAUGAUUCAGCCGCUGCAGUCCAUCCCUGCAGAGAAGAUCCUGAAGAAGCCCAUCCCAGAGGAGCACCUCAUCCUGAAGACCACCUUUGAGAGUCUGAUCCAGAAGUGUCUGGCCGUCGCUGCCGACCCUCAAACCAAGAGGAAGCUGGACGAGGCCAGCAAACGCUUGGAGGCACUUUACGACAAACUGAGGGAGCAGACGCUCUCUCCCCCCAUCAUAACCGGACUUCACAACAUCACCAGGAGCAUCGAGGCUCGGUCCUACACGGAGAGCCUCAACAUCCACACCCACAUCGUCAGCCACAGCAACUUCAGCGAGACGUCGGCGUUCAUGCCCGUCCUGAAAGUGGUCCUGACGCAAGCCAACAAGCUGGGCGUGUGACGAGGCGGAGAGCGGUCGGAGGUCGACCCCCGCCGGUCAGAAGUCGGUGGUCUUCCGCUUGUUCAUCACAGAGCUGCUUUCUUAUUGCAGAGGACGAAGGAUUCUGAGGCAAACGGCAAAAACGUUCUCUUCCUUUUCGUGCCAUUUAGGUUUUUUUAUGACGCAACUGAAACACAAGCCAUGGUCAGUCCGGCCCGCUGGGGAAAGGAAAGGCGGAGCCAAACAAAGGGCUGUAGAAACUACGCUUUACCACUAGAAAAACUGCACGUUUGGUUUUAGAAAUGAAAAGAGGAAAAGCAACAAAGAUCAAGGUGGCAAUUGUUUUUUUUAUAAUUUAUGAUGCAUGCUUUUGGCGAACAAUUUAUGCAACACUUAGAUUAAACAUGAACUUAAUGACGGCUUUUCACGUUUGGGCAUUACCACAAGCAUCGUAUACGAUUAUGAACGUAUAGAUUGGCUGUUUUGUCUCGCUAGCUCAGAUUUAAGCUAAUAGCGGAUGGCUUGAAUUAAGCAAAUGGAUCGUUUGAAAAGAGAAAAAGGGAUUUAAAGUUCUGCUCUUGAAGACGGACGUGCGCCACUGCUGUUGCCUUGGUUACCACUCUGGACCAACGCAUCCGCGGUGCCGAGCCACAUCCUCAUGUUUUACCCCGUCUCUUUUUUGUUGUUUUUAUCCGUGUAAUCACAUGAAAAUGGGCUGUUCUGGAAUCCUAAGGUGUUCACGCCCUAACGAGUCGCUGAAGGUGAUUAUCUAGUGAUUUACUGAACCUCAGAGGGAACCUGAUUUUCAUUCCAGCUGUUCUGACAGCACGAGCGGUCAGCCUCACGUCGCUGUUCGUAAAAGAAAAUAAGUCUUUGUUUUAGAUCGAAAACGGGCAGUAUUUUCAAUAAAUAGUAUUUAUUUACA